UUUCAGUUAGUGACUGGAAUUCUUUGGCGUGAAACGGUGCCAAAACGCGAAACAUUUUCCCGUCUGCGUUUUACGUGUUUUGUUACGUACACUGACCUAACGUUUAUCAAAUAACAUUACACCAUGGAUUAAUAACCGAAGUGCACGGUGGAAACUGAAAAAAAGCCAAGGCGGUAUGGAAGGGAAGAUUGUCAUUCGAAUGAUGUUACUCCUCGGUGUCACCAUUCAAGGAAGAAGAGUCCGAAAUAUAGAUUCGAACCUAGUUUCAAAUGUGAUAGAAGAAUUCAACAACGAAGCCAUGAUGCCUCGUUUCGCCGAACCUAUUCCAAAUGUAACUGUUACAGUGGGAAGAGACGCCCUACUAGCUUGCGUUGUGGAAAAUCUACGAGGCUACAAGGGACUGCGUGUAUCUUGGCAGGUCGCGUGGGUCAGGGUGGAUACUCAAACCAUUCUAUCAAUACACCACAACGUGAUCACGCAAAAUCCAAGAAUAUCGUUAACAUAUAACGACCAUCGUUCCUGGUAUUUGCAUAUAAGAAACGUUCACGAAGCGGAUAGAGGAUGGUACAUGUGCCAAAUAAACACCGAUCCGAUGCGAAGUCAGCAAGGCUACUUACAAGUUGUAGUUCCACCAACGAUUAUUGACAAAGAAACCAGCACAGACAUAGUGGUACGAGAAGCAUCCAAUGUAACAUUAACCUGCAGAGCGGGCGGUUAUCCGGAACCAUAUGUGAUGUGGCGGCGUGAAGACGGAGAAGACAUUAAUUACAACGGAGAAACUGUAAAUGUGGUAGACGGAGAAGUCUUACAUAUCACCAAAGUCAGUCGAUUACACAUGGGAGCUUAUUUAUGUAUAGCUUCAAACGGUGUUCCGCCAUCAAUCAGUAAAAGGGUUGAAUUGAGAGUACAAUUUCCACCCAUGUUAACCAUAUCCAAUCAACUAGAAGCAGCAUAUAUUGGACAAAACGUUUCAUUAACCUGUCAUACAGAAGCCCAUCCUACUUCCAUAAAUUACUGGACGACAGAAAGAGGCGAUAUGAUAGUAUCAGAUUUGCUUGUUUCAGGUGAUAAAUACGAAGCAAAAUCAGAAGAAAAAGACUAUAACAAAAAUAUGGUUUUAGUAAUACACAAUGUUACGAGAAGCGAUUUUGGAUCGUAUCGUUGUGUAGCAAAAAAUUCCUUAGGAGAGACUGAUGGCCUGAUAAAAUUAGAUGAAAAUCCAACUCCGUCGACCACAACUACAAGUUCGGCAGUAAAUUACAACAGAAAAAAAGAUUUCGAAGACAGUUACGAAGAGUUGGAAGUAUCCAAUACCGUAGUAGGCGCUCAAAAUACAAGUAGUUCAUCCGGUGAUAAAUACUCAAAUUGUACAUAUAAAAUUGUGAUCUAUUUCGUAUUAUGCAUUACGUACAUCAAUUCUUUUACCGCUAAUGAAAUUUUUAUAUUUGAAAGAUGUUGAGUGUAUGUAGAUAUAUUGAACCCUUUUUGUACAUAUACAUUACCUAGUAAAAUUCUAAAUAGAGACAGUUCGAAUAAAAAGGUCUGUAGCUGUUGUAAAUGUAUUUGUAUACACGAUUCACAACUCGUA